CGUGCGCACGCGUUUACAUUAUUGGAAAUUCGAUUACGUUACUCCCUGUUAGCUCUCAGCUGACUCAGUCAAGUUGUUAGGUACAUUUGUAAUAUUUUGCCAGAGUGAAAUCAACGAAGUGACUUUUUUAUUUUGUUAAAUAUUACACAGUAAAACACGGUGCAAGUGUGUCAACUAAUUUUGCAGAUUGAUUAAGAAAACGAAGUUAACAAUUAUUGACAUUUGAUUGAUAAAGUAUCGUAUUAUUUCUCGGAAGUGCUAAUUGUAUUUUACACUAUUUCUAACUUGGAAGUUGAAAUUUUUGUAGAUAUAUAUGGUUCUUCCUCAUUGCCAACAUGCUAAUUAAAAUAAUAACCGAUAAACCAAAGUAGAUUGUAAAAAAAUAAGCUGUUUGAACAAUAGAAACAGACUAAGCUCAGCUUUCAAUGGAGAUCACCACAGUGAAAAUGAAAAAUUUGCAGUUGUACCAGCUUUUGAACUCGUCGGUUUUUUUUUUUUGAGUAGAAUACACCAUAUUUUAAAUCUCCCUACAGUAAUAUUAAACGUGACAGCUGAUUACUAUCGAGGAUAUCGAGUCCACCUUUCCACAUUAACUGGCACAAGUCAUAUAUAUUUCAAUUGGUUUUCUCUCCGUUGAAGUUGAUUGAUAUUGCUGUCAUAAGCUUUCACAAAAGACCUUCGAAGUGGACUACUUCUCUGCAUAAUAUGUCAAGUACUGUUCAGUGGUCUAAAAUACAUCAAUCUACUCUCAAAACUGAAACGAAAUGAGAAGAACUAACAAUAAAAAUCGGAGGAUUUAUUUCAAAAAUGAGUGCAUUUUUCAACUCCCUCAAGAAUCUCGCAACUGGAACUGCUCAUGUUGCUGGCACUACAAAGUAUAAAGGUGGAGAUAUGAAAAUGGAUAUGAGUAUAACACCUCAACCAGGUGAGAAUGGAUUCGCGCAAUGGCUUGAUGCAAUGAAAAUGGUGGCAAGAUUAUCAGAAGGAAUACCUCAUGAAUUUCGUAAAAAGUUAUGGUUGAUACUAGCAGACCGUCAUUUAGAGCAGCGAGGAAUCGACUGGAAAAAAGUAGAAAAACUUUGUUUCAACGAGUGGACAAGCGCAGAUGACGAAAAGCUUGGUAUCCAAAUUGUGAAGGAUUUGCAUAGAACUGGAUGCAGCUUAUUUUGUGGUGCUGCUGGUCGUGAUAAUCAGAAGGUUUUGCGGCGAGUAUUAUUAGGAUAUGCACGUUGGAACAAAUCUGUCGGAUACUGUCAAGGUCUAAAUGUUCUUGCAGCUCUUAUUCUUCAAGUGACAGACAGAACUGAAGUAUCUGCUGUUAAAGUACUAAUUUAUUUAAUUGAAGGUGUGUUGCCGGAAGAUUAUUUUGCGGAAAAUCUGCGAGGUUUAUCGGUGGAUAUGGCUGUAUUCGGAGAUCUUUUACGCAUGAAGUUACCUAAAUUAUCUAAACAUUUAGAAUCUCUACAAAAUAAUAUAAAAAAUAACACAACAGGGAGCAGCUAUGAACCACCUUUGAUCAACGUGUUCACAAUGCAAUGGUUUCUUACACUUUUCUGUCAUUGCUUACCUCAACAUACUGUUCUUCGUGUCUGGGACUUAAUAUUUCUAGAAGGAAAUGAAAUACUUUUGAAGACGGCUUUGGCUAUUUGGGAAGGGAUUUCCGACCGUAUCAUAACUGUUACAUCUACUGAUGAAUUUUAUAGCAUCAUGGGAGUUCUUACGAGAGAAAUGCUGGAGUUUACAGACACAAAUAUUUUAAUUAAGGCGAUUGUAAAUAUGGGCACUCUGCAUAGAAUUGAUGAUUUACGAGAGAAACAUCGAUAUAAUAUUACUCCGUGGGCUCGAACAUUAAGUGACAAUGAAGAGAGUGAGACAGAAGAUGAGGACAAAUUGCCUGUUGCUGCUACAAUAUUUGCAGUUCCACGUCGUAUCACAAAAGGAGCACGUGUGAGGCAAACUGUAAUACCACCAUCAUCUCAAACCAUGAAUGAUCUAUUUUUUGGGAAAAGUGCAUUAAUAAGUGCUAAAACUAGACGGCUGCGACCAGCGACAAGUUCAAUUCCAUCACAAAAAACUCGACUUAUAGCCCUUCAUUGUCACAAGAGUCAAGUGGACUACAACAGUGUUGCAGUAAACAACCGAAAUACAAAUACCUUCAUGGAAAUAAAAAGGGAAUCUUCUGGUGCAGGUGAGAACGAACCAAAAUGUUUACGACCGUUAGAAGAAAGUUUAACUUGUCGUCCAUAUGUUAGAAAACAGAGUACUGAUAGCGAUAGUACAUCAACAGAACUUUGUGACGAACAUGGACAUUCGAGUGAUAGCGAAGAUCAAGCUUCUUUGUCAGACAACCCCGAUAUAAAAUCAAUUGAUGGAAAACAUCCACGAUCAAGUGAUCUUCCAACGAACUGUCCAUCAAGUUAUAGUUUACGAAGUAUGGAAAAAGAUUCAUCGGUCGAUGAAGUAAACGAAUGUGAAAACGAAAAAUGGAUGAAGGUAGGUUGCUCUUCAUCCAUCAUUAAAAUUGCUGAUAAUAUCCGAAGUCUUUCUGCAGACAAUAAUUUAAUUGAGAUUAAGACAUGCAUUGAUAAAGAUAAUUUGAAAAAUGAAAAAACGAAUGAAAUUCUGAAGUCACAAGAUAAAGAAUUUAUGUGUUCAAAAUCAUCUGUACUGAAAAAUAUUGAAGAUAAAUUCAGUAACUGUUCUCAUUCAAGUCCCAUCGAAACGAGUUUCCAGGAAAAUGACAAUGAUACUCCAAUAGACGAACAUUAUGAUAGUGCUAAAGAACCUUCGAUUAGCAAUGCGUUAGUGAAUAGUGAUGUUCUACUCGAAAACUCAUCUAUUUUGAUAGGUAGUGAAUUAUCAAGUGAACGUACUCUAAACGGAAUUUUCAUUCCUACAACGCUAAGUAAAGAUAAUGCAAUAAUCGAUUCUUAUUCAUCAUCCAACAUAAAAAAAAGUAUAGAACAAACAGUAGGUGACUCAAAUUAUGAUAUCAUAAAUCUUUCACCAAUGUCAUCUGUCGUUGAUCGAAAGGUAAUGUUAACUGACUUAGAACUGUUGACAAAUAAAAUCACUGAAUCUAAUGAGCAGAUCAAUGAUAUUUUACAAGGAAAGAAUACAUUUAUACAUAACCAAACAGAACCAGUAGUGAUUCCCAAUUACUUUCGCAAUCUUAAUGUUGACGAAGGUAGACAGCAGGAUGACCAUAAACUCAAUAAGAUAUUUUGUAAUUCUAAAGAAUCAGCAAUAUCAGACUCGAAUGGUUUCUUCAUCAUGAAGAAUUCUCACUCACAGAGGAAACAAAAUUGUUAUAACUCUAAACAUUAUUCUGUUAAUGGAAAUUUAAAUAGAUUGCAAUUGGUCUUGACUCAGUCAGAUAAUGUACACUCAAGGUUAACAGUCGACUCAAGCUUAUUUGAAAAUAGUUCCAGAUUAAAGGUUGAUGGAUCUACUUCAUCAACUGCUUUUAAUUUAGAUUUUCCCAAUCAUGAAGUAAACGUUUUUCCUAAUAAAUCCAUAACUGAAAGUUUGAGAAACUCAUUAGAUAAUCAUAUAGAAGCCGAAAAUGCUGAGAAAAUAGUCAAUCCCAUACUCCAAUCACCAGUAAAAGGCAUUACAAAUAAAUUUCAUGCGCUCAACGGUCACCAAAAUGACUUUUUCAAAUCUCCAUGUAAACCUAGUCCUGUAAUUUCACCUUUUUUUCCUAUCAUAGAAUCCAUUAAAAAAUCUCCUUCACCAAUUCGUACCAAUGAAAUGGAAAAGAAUGGCAUUCCAUUUGAAAAUAUCUUACCCACGAGAUCAACAAGUUUGAAAGAGUAUGACAAAUCAAAUUUUUACGAUAGAGGAAAGUUGUUAUCAUUUUCACAAACUACCGAUACACAACCUAUACAUGAUUUACGUACAGAAUGUUCUAAUUCAGCAAACACUUCUGCAACUCAAUUUGUAGAUUUGUGGUAUUGCGGAAAACAGAAAAACGAAGAAUCAAGUAUUAUGGAUUUGGACGUGAUCAGUUCAAAUUAUAAAAGGCUACCAGAUAAAAUAUCUACCGAUAAUAUAUCUAUAUCACAGAUAAAAUCUGAUAAUCAAUCAAAAUAUUUGAAUACGUCAAAAAAAAUGGAUCAUUCAACUUCUCAAUUAUGUGGAUCAAAAUUUUUUGAACAGAAUUACCAUCAUUGUAAUAAAGAUCUUAGUGAGCUGCAAAUAUCUACUCCAAUGCAAGGGUCAGUGACAACUAGAAACAUUUCUAGGAAUUUUUUUGAAAAUUCAAAACUUACUGGAACUCAAUCAUCCAUAGCGGGAAAUAAAACAGACAUUCUCACUUCUCAAAAAAAAUCUGAUGAAAGUAAUGAUUUGAAUGAUUUCAAAGAGAGGUGUGAAUAUUCUUUACAUGAUUUUGCUUGUCAAUUAUCUGAAGAUGAAGUCGAAUUUUCGGGUUCCAACGUAUUGACCAAUCCUAGUAAAAGUUAUGCUAUUGAACCAAAAAUUCAAAUGGAUGAAGAAAGUGACAGCUUUUUAAUAAAGUAUGCAAAAAACAAAGAUACUGACGAAUCAAGUGGUAAAAUUGAAUGUAAAUUAGGUGUUUGGACUAAAGUUCAACCACGAAAAAAGGGUGAAAAUGGGCGGAGGGACAGCUGUGAUCGAGCUUUGAAAAUAAUACAAGAAAAUUCAGCAAUCCUUCACAAAAUCCUUACUUGUCAGGCUAAGAAAUGCCUACCAGAUUUGGAAGAAAUAUCACAAGAAAUUACAAUCAGUCCUAUCAAUGAGGAAAUAUCAAAAAUUUUUAGCCCAAUCUUAGAGCACAUAGGAUUGAACGAAUAUGAAAUAAAUGAGGAAUUAGCCAAUAUUAAUUUUAGUGAUUUCAAUCCUUCGAGUGGUAUUGAAAAAUCUGAAUUUGAUAAGAAAAUCAAUGUCGAACAUUCUCAACUUUCUUUAACUGAUGAUAAAGAAGUUUUCCAUUUCGAUGAGGAUAGAAUAUCUAUAACUAAUUUCUUGUAUUCAAAAGAACCUUUAAUCCACAAUAAGAUGGAUGAGGAACUCUCAAGGAUGAUAGACGAGUGCGAACGAAAAUCGCCAAAUAAUUUAUGCCUCUUUAGUGAAUUUUCUAAAAAAAGCCCUAAUGAUAUUGAAGCACUGAAUAUUUGUAGCUGCUCAUCGAAUGAAUUUUUUCAACAAUUUUCUAAGAAUUUAGAACACCAAAGAGAUUACCACUUCUUUAAAGAUACUUACAGUCAUCCUGAAAAGUUUCCAGAUUGUAUAGAUAACUUGAAAGAGUAUAGUAUGGAAUCAAUAUGUCCUCGAGCUGAAGAUUUAUUUUUGAACAGUGACAUUGACAUUUAUCGUGAAUUAGAGAAAUUGGAUAAAAUGUCACCACAUGAUUCUGUGCGAUCAAAUCUCUCUAAUAUGAUUCAGGAAUCAGUGUCACCACUCGGUCAUAUUACAGAAUCAUCGGCUCGGUCUAAAAGUGAAAUUCCUGUGAAAUGUUAUGAUGAAUUUGAAAAAACAUUUAAUUUCAUAUCUCCAGAUAUUUCUCACCCUUUCCAUGAGCCCUAUAAUGUUCAAGUAUUGAAAAGCAUUCCUUUUGAAUUUUCUAGUAAACAAUUUUCGCAUAAUACACGUAAUAAAUCGUGGGAAUCUAGCUUCGAGCCUAACGAAGAUCAUGUCACAACUUCUGAAAAUUAUGAAAUAAAAAAUCAGGAUGAAAUUUUGUUGCACAAUUCAUAUAAAUUUCGUGUUUGCUAUGAAGAUAAAAUUUCACCUAAUCAAAAAAUAUGUACGGAUAUUUCAUCUCUGUACUCUUGUAAGACCGAUCAAGAAGCUGCGGUGCAUUUAAAUAAAUCACCCAAUCAUUAUGAUAACCAUUUAAAUGAUGAUAAACAAAACACUUCAGACUCUUCAAUGAUAUCACCUAAAAAAACUAUGAAUGUAGACACAAAAUUUAAUUCUCAUUUAUCAAUACUUCAAACUGCCUCUGAAGAGCUAUCAGCUGAUUAUGAAUACUCUAAAGAAGAUGAUUUUACUCUUAAUAGUAUAAAUAAGUUAUGACCGUUAUCAAAUAUAGAGAUAAAUAAUCAAAUUAAAACUGUUGCACAUGCAGAAUUUGAAGACAAACAAUGGUCUUUGGAAUGUACAAAACAAUACUCACAACUUUCAUCAAAGGCUGAUAUGUUUUCAGAAUAAACAAAAAACUCCGAGUGAGGAAGCCAAAGUGCAAUUAAAUAAUACUUUGUCCUACAUUGCAUUUUGAGACGUAUUCAACUAAAAAUACAAUGUGACGAGUAUUGAAAUUAGUAUUGGCAGGUGGAAUCCAAUCGAGCGUAAAAUCUAAUCAAAAUAAAAUCAAUAAAGUUUUAAUAGAUUCGAAAAGAUCAUUAACCAUGGAUAAUAGACAGAAUCAAGAAUCAUUUUAUGGACAUGAAACAAUAAGUAUAUAUAUUGAAUACAAAAUGGAUAUUCUUUUAAAUACAAUUAUGAUAGAAGUUUACAAAAUUAUUUAAAAUAUUAUGUGAAUGAAAAGAAUUGUAGUACUUUAAGCUAGAAGCACGGAAGUGUCUCUCGUUAAGUACGCAUUCAACCACAUAUGUGAAUGUAUACAUGGGUAACGAAAAAUGAUCGAAUCAUUAUUUGAAUGGCUGAUUAAUAAAGAGUAUUGAAGUAUUAUUUAUUUUGAUUGAAUAUCAUUAAUUUAUUUUCAUUUUUCUAAAUAUUUGCGUUUGUAUAUAAUUUUAAGCUGUUAAAAUAAUAAAAUACAUGAACAUUAUAGUUUUUAAUUAAAUGAUUUAUUUAA